GGCUUACAGUCUGUCUCCUGCCUGGCCCAGGUGUUUGUGCUGCUGUUCAUCUUUGUGAAGAGGCAGAUCAUGCGCUUUGCCAUGAAGUCCCGCCGUGGCCCCCACGUGCCAGUUGGGCAGCAUGCCCCCAAGGACCUGAAAGAGGAGAUCGACGUUCGACUGUCCAGAGUACAGGACAUUAAGUAUGAGCCACAGCUGCUGGCCGAAGAUGAUGCCAGGCUCCUGCAGCUAGAGACCUCUGGCAGCCAGUGUUGCUAUAACUACUUGUACCGCAUGAAGGCACUGGAUGCAAUCAGAACUUCAGACAUCCCGUUUUAUGCAGAUGGCAGAUACCCCAAGGCCUUAAUAGGGAAGAGCUUCCGGGCCUACUUGCUGGAGCUGAGGAACUCCAGCACUCCCUUCAAAGGCAUCCGCAAGACCUUGCUGGACACCCUGCUGGACGGGUAUGACAGCGCCCGCUACGGCACGGGGGUCUUUGGGAAGACUGAGUAUCUGAAGUACCAGGAAGCCCUGACUGAGCUAGCAAAUGUCAUCAAGGCACGAGGAGGCAGCAGCCAGCGGCAGCACCAGUCGGCAGCCAAGGACCUCACGCUCUCACCCGAGGUCUCCAACCCUGCGACCAUCCAGGUCACCUACCUGCCUUCCAGCCAGAAGAGCAAACGUGCCAAACACUUCCUGGAGCUGAAGAGCUUCAAGGACAACUACAACACGCUGGAGAGCACCCUGUGAGCUCCCGGGACCUGCCAUGAAGAGAGCUCCUCUCCAGGCAGGGUACUGUGGUGUCCUAGCAGCAGGGAGGCUGCAGGGCUCUGGGAUCACUCCCUGCCACGUGGUGUUGGAUGUCACGGGUGGCUCCAUGGAAGCUUUGUCUGGGUGGGGGAAGCCUGUCCCCUGGCCAGGAAGCUUCUUCCAAAGCAGCAGGCUGGCUGCGGAGCUGGAAGGUGACCAGCCCCCUGCAUGGGCUCCGAAGAGAUUCCAGACUUGUUCCUUUUCUCAGCUAGUGGCUUUGCAGGUGCUAGCCUUGUGCAUAGACCACUUGAUUAGCUUUAGCUUAUUUAUGAGAUGAUCUGGGUCAGUGCUUGCCUCUGCCUGUGCCCUCGCUCCCAGAGAUGGCUGGCAGGGCUGAUCCUCCAUCUGUCAUGUCUGUGCAGGCAUGGGGCUCUCUGGACCUGUUCUUUCCAAAGGGGAAAUGCUUCUCCUCCUGGUUCUCUACUGCAACAGGGGCCUGUGGCCAAUCCCCUUGCCCAUCAGCUGAUUGUGCUUACGUAUUCCUUGGUACACCAGGAACCAAGUCUUUGGAGAACCCAAGUAAAUCAUUGUAAAUAGUUCCAUGUCUCCUGUGGAGCUGGGGGUGGCCUGUUCCCUUGGCAGGGCCAGGGCCUGGCUGCUGCCUGUUCUCUCUUCCACCCCAGACUGUUCUUUACAGCAGAGUGGAAACCUGUUUCCAGCACAGCCUGCCCAGCUGAGGGCUGCCCUUCUUGCUUGUGCAGCACUGUGUGACAUUGCCACAGGAGCCUCUCCUGCAGGUCUUAGGGGGCGGGAUGGCCUGCAACAGCAGGGAGCUGCAACAUCUGGAAGUUUGAAACCCUCUCUUGGCAGGGACUCAGUACAGCGUUUGUUAUCUGCCAGUCCCCUGGGCUGGGCCAGUGGCCCCUCCUCACCCUGGUGUGAGCAGGACAUGGUGCCUCCAGCUGCCAUGUGUGUGUGCUCCCCCUCUUUUUAAAUCGCUGUUUAAUAAACCAAUGGUCCUCCAGA